UUAUCUUCUGAAAGUGAAUAUGAAGAAGUGGAUAUAAAUGAUAUAUAUCCAUAUAAAUCACCUAAAUAUAAAACUUUGAUCGAGGUAGUACUAAAACCUAGUACAAAUAAUAAUGUACAAGAUACUUAUACAGAUGAUGUGAAAUAUAAUAGUGAUACACCCACCAAUAAACUUACGGAUAAUGAAUGGAAUCGACUGAAACAAAAUUUUAUCUCACAAUAUUUAAAUAAUAUAGGACCUGAUGUACAAUUAAAUAAUGCGUUACAAUCAUAUAAUAUUCCCAAGCAUAUCCAGCCUGAUAUUAUACAUAAUAAUAUGGAAGAAAAACCUUUUAUUACAUCCAUUCAAGAUAGAAAAUUAUAUAGUGAUGAUGGCGAUAUUGUUAGUUAUAAUAUAGAUUGGAAUAUUCCCGAAAAUAUUAAUAGGACUAUCAAUAUCAUGAAUGAUCCAAAAUAUGUUUCAUCAAAUGAUCAAUAUACUGGAAUUGAUUUAAUUAAUGAUUCUUUAAAUAAUUAUGAACAUAUUGAUAUUUAUGAUGAGUUGUUAAAAAGAAAAGAAAAUGAAAUAUUUGGAACAAAACAUCCCAAAAAUACAACAACAAAUAGUGUUGUAAAAGAAACAUAUAGUGACCCUAUACUUAACCAACUGGAUUUAUUUCAUAAAUGGCUUGAUAGACAUAGAGAUAUGUGUAACCAAUGGAAUAAUAAGGAAGAUAUUUUGAGCAAAUUAAAAGAUGAGUGGAAUAAUGAAAAUAAAGAACAUCUAUUGUAUACAUCAUCAACUCAUGAUGAUAUUAAUACAAUUAAUAACGAACAUGUAUUGUAUACAUCAACUAUUGAUGAUAUUAAUAAAAUUAAUGAUGAAAAAUAUAAUAUGAUUAAUGCAAACACACAAAUAAAUCAUGAAGGUAAUGAUAAAACAACUCUUGAACAUCUUGGAUCAACAAAUAUUUCACCCAAUGAUCUUACAACAACAAAUACGAAUGUUCAAACAAAGAAUUUACGCACAAAUAUAUCUAUGGAUAUACAUUUUGAUGAAAAUAAUAAUAAUGUGUUAACCACUGAUGUAAAAAGGAAAGAAAAUCAUUUGGAAAAUUCGUACAAUUUUUGA